UUAAUCGCUUUCAUUUUAUUCAACGAGAGCGUCUUCCUUUGUCUUUUUCUCUCUGUAUACCCUUUGUACAAUUCCUUCCCUUCUAGGGUUCCUUCUCCUCCUUAAAUCAUGGAAUCGGAGGACGAUUUCGAUAUGCAAGACGCCAAUGAAUCGGCCGAGGACGACGAUUUCUACAGCGGCUUCGAUGACGACGCCGCUGGUCCUGCCUACGCAUACGAUAGCGACGACGAUGCCGACGUUGCCGAUUACGAAUUCAUGCAUAACGAUUCCGAUGAUUCUGAUGAUCACAUCUUUCAUCGCCACCAGCUAAAUUAUACUAUUUUGAGUGAGUCGGAUAUUCGUCGGCGUCAAGAGGAAGAUAUAACAAAGAUAUCCACUGUGCUUUCUAUUUCGAAAGUUUCAGCGCGUGUACUGCUCCGCUUUUAUAAUUGGAGUGUCAGUAAAGUGCAUGAUGAAUGGUUUGCAGAUGAAGAAAAGGUUCGCAAAUCUGUUGGCUUAUUGGAGAAACCAGUUGUUGAAUUUCCAAAUGCUAAAGAACUGACUUGUGGGAUAUGUUUUGAAACCUAUCCAUGUGGUAGCUUGCAUGCUGCUGCUUGUGGUCAUCCAUUCUGUAAUACAUGCUGGACAGGGUAUAUCAGUGCAUCCAUUAAUGAUGGUCCUGGUUGUUUGAUGUUGCGAUGUCCUGACCCAUCUUGUAGUGCUGCCAUUGGUCAAGAUAUGAUUAAUCUACUAGCAUCUGAUGAGGACAGAGAGAAAUAUUCUCGGUAUUUUAUUCGAUCUUAUGUUGAAGAUAACAGAAAGACCAAAUGGUGUCCUGCACCAGGUUGUGAUUUCGCUGUGGAUUUUGUUGUUGGUAGUGGUAAUUAUGAUGUUACUUGCCGUUGUUCAUAUUGCUUCUGCUGGAAUUGUACUGAGGAAGCCCACCGUCCUGUAGAUUGUGGCACUGUAGCCAAAUGGGUAUUGAAGAAUAGUGCAGAGUCAGAAAAUAUGAAUUGGAUAUUGGCUAAUUCCAAGCCUUGUCCAAGGUGCAAGCGACCAAUCGAGAAAAAUCAGGGCUGCAUGCAUAUGACAUGUACACCCCCAUGCAAAUUUGAAUUUUGCUGGCUCUGCCUUGGUGCUUGGUCGGAGCAUGGUGAGCGGACAGGUGGUUUCUAUGCAUGCAAUCGUUACGAGACAGCAAAACAAGAGGGAGUGUACGAUGAGUCUGAAAAGCGAAGAGAGAUGGCAAAGAACUCUCUGGAGAGAUAUACACACUACUAUGAACGUUGGGCAACCAAUCAAUCGUCUCGGCAAAAGGCAUUCGCAGAUCUUCAGAAAAUGCAGACUGUGUUUCUUGAGAAGCUGAGUGACGUACAGUGCCAACCUGAGUCUCAGCUAAAGUUCAUCACUGAGGCAUGGCUACAGAUAGUUGAAUGUAGGCGGGUUCUAAAAUGGACAUAUGCUUAUGGAUAUUAUUUACCUGAGCGUGAGCAUGCUAAAAGACAGUUCUUUGAGUACUUGCAAGGUGAGGCUGAGUCUGGACUGGAACGACUUCAUCAAUGUGCAGAGAAGGAGCUACAAGUUUAUGUCAAUGCAGAGGGUCCAUUGAAAGAUUUCAAUGAAUUCCGAACAAAACUUGCUGGAUUGACAAGUGUGACUCGAAACUACUUUGAGAAUUUAGUUCGAGCUCUAGAAAAUGGUCUCUCAGAUGUAGAGACACAUGCUGCCUGCAGCAGGCAAGGAAGCUCGAAAAACUUGGUAGUAUGCAACAGAGGAAGAAGUGGGAAAUCUAAGGGUUCUACAUCCAGAUCAAGUGGGUCAAACAGAAACAUUGACAAUUCAGGCCACUGGUACUGUGAUCAUUGCACCUACGCAAAUGUCAAUUCUACCACAGUUUGUGCAAUGUGCCAGAAUCAUCGGUAAAUCCAUUCCUAUGCAGAUCAGCCCACCUGGAAUCGGAGAGCCUUCACCUCUGCUGUUUGGUUUCCUCGACAAAUGCUGUCAGAGCGUUUCCAGGAUGUAAGAACACUACAAAAUAUCCUUUUGUAUCUCUUCCCUGAAAAUCCGAUAAAGCAGAAUGGACAAAUAACAAAGGGUGGGAAAGGGAAACGACAUGGUCAGUGUCGAGUGUAUAGUUCUUGCUGUUCAACCAAGUUCAUUUAAAUUAAAUCUCUGCCAUGUUUCAGGAUCGGAGAAAAUGUAUUAUUUCUACCUCCUUUUCUUUAGCCCUAUGGUCAUUUAUUUAAGUUAUAAAUAUAUUUGUAUUACGCUUGAAGCUUCAAGUGGAUUUGUAAAAUGGUAACUCGGGGGCAAUGGAGCUCAUUAGUGCCUGCAUGAAUGAAAUUAAUGAAAUAAAACUAUCACACCAUUUGUUA